AUGACAUGCCCGAAAUCCGACCCCAAGAACACGCAGGACUCCUACGACAUUUGGACCGAGGUAUCUAACUCACUAAAUGCCAACAUUUUUGCGAGGAUGAAUUUUGUAAGGUCCGAUGUGCGGGUUCUGUCGCUUGAUGAGAUCAAUGACACUCCAUUUCAAGGACGGUUGUUGAAAGUUGUUCUCGAGUACAACCGAAAAGGUAAGCUGGAGUAUACCUACACGUUCAGAAUGAUGAACGACGAAAAAGUUCAGCAAUACAUGCACUGUACAGCCUCUUCACUUAUCAAACCGGGGUCUUCCAACCGUGAAGUAAAUAUUACAGGUUGCUGGCGCUGUGUGACUUCGAAGCUCGCUCUAAGUCAACAAAUAUGUCAUCACCCACCGAGCAUGUGGAUGGAGUAUCAGCAAGAGGAAAUGACAGAAACUGCUUCUCCAACAUAUCCUGGUUCAGACGAGGACUCAGAAGAACCGGAUACCGAUUAUCGGUCCCGUAGUUUGGAAGUCAAGAAUCACCAGUUUGGCGUCAAUGGUUGGAAAGAGAAACGUCAGCUACUGAAGAGAAUGAUCAAACUGUUGAAUAGAAAAGCCUCACCUUUUGUUGAAAAACUCUAUCUGAGUGGGGUGCCGAACCUUUUAAUUGAGCAUUAA